AGAAACAUUUUAUUUGUAUAAUUUUCCCUAAAAAAAAAUUGAGACGUUUAUCUUAAUAUUUCGAGAUACAGUCGAACCUCGCUAAGUGAGACAAGAAGCAAUAACUCAUUCCGAUCCGAUUAAAUUCAGGAUUAAAAAAUUAUUUAUCGAAAGUUUUAUAUUGAGGUCACAUUUAAUUAGGUUUUUGACUGUAUUUGAAAAUUAUUUUAAAGCAAAAAUAAUUAAUUUCUCUUAUCAAGUAUCGUUUUCUCAAUAAAUGAGUUACAAGAAAUAAUAAUUUUCAAACUUGGAUGUUUUUUUAAGAGAAAAUAAAAAAAAAUGUUUUUUUUUCAAUUAAUUUGAAAGAAAAAUAUUUUUCGAGUGUUGGAAUGCGUAUAUGAGUGGAAAUUGUAAAGCACAUUUCUCUCUCAUAUAUAUAUAUAUAUAAUACACUUAACCCUGCGCAAGUUCAACAAAGCGCACGCUCUGCAAUCGCAGCAUCACAGUUCAAUCUUUGCUCAGUACCAAAAUUUCUUACGCUGAAAGAAGACAGGUCCUUACAUCUCGUGUAAGACCUCUCUUUAUCAUGAUUUUGUUCUUUUAUUGUUCAAUAGAAUUCGUAAAUUGUCAUCAAAUGUAAAUGACAAAAAAAAAAAAUGUUUGAAUUACAGAAAAAAUUUUAAUAAUUGUAUAAAUUGUGAAUGAGGCAAGUGUCAAUACGUUGUUUUUACAAUGGCAGAUCACGACCAUAUGUACGAUGAUGAGGAACUGGUGUCAUCAAAUCCAAAUCAAAGAAACUGGAGAGGAAUUUUAAUAGCUUUACUUGUCAUUAUCGCCGUCCUUGCUCUUAUUGUCACAUCUGUCGCACUUCUAACACCUCCGGAUGAUUCUACUCGAAUAAAAGGAGAUCCUUUAACAUUUGGACAGUUGGUGAAGGACUACUUAUUACCAAAGUUCUUUAACGGCACUUGGGUGAGCAAUCAACACAUAUGCUACAGUGAUUAUUUCGGUGGUAUUUCGUUAAUGGAUGUUUCCGAUCCGAAUAGCAGUUCACGAAUUUUGAUGCCAAAAGAAAUAGUCGGCAGUUUAAAUCCAGCAAAAUUCUUUCUUUCGCCGGAUCAUAGAUAUUUAUUAUUAGCUAAAAAUGUGAAAGAAUUGUUUCGAUAUUCAUAUUGGGCUCAAUAUACAAUCUACGAUGUCAAUACGCAUGAUACGAUACCAUUAACUCCAUAUCCUGAAAAGGAUCCUCAUCCGUAUCUAAUGAUGGCAAAAUGGACACCCCGUGGACAUGGUAUCGUAAUGAUACAAGAUUAUGAUAUUUACUACAAAACUGGUCCUUUAAGCAAUAUGGCAUAUCGCGUGACCAACACUGCAGUACCUGGUAUUUUGUCGAAUGGAUUACCUGAUUGGCUGUAUGAAGAAGAAAUAUUACAUAGUGCAGAGGCUGUAUGGUUAUCAAAAGAUGGACAUUUGAUGUUGUAUGCCUCGUUUAAUGAUUCUCUUGUAAAGGAAGUGCAUAGUGUUAAAUAUUUAGAUAAUCAAUAUCCCACAAUGCGACAUUUACGAUAUCCGAAGCCGGGAACACCAAAUCCUACAGUUAAUCUUUAUGUUGCUGAUCUUGCUGAUCCAAAGAAUAUCAAUAUAAAAUUGAUUAAACCACCGACUGUUAUUAUCGAUCACAUAGAUUAUUAUUUUACAACCGCCUCAUGGAUAUCAUUAACGGAAGUUUGUAUCACUUGGACAACACGAUCACAAAAUAUAUCAAUUAUUUCCGUUUGUAAAAGUCCAUUAUGGCAUUGUCAGGAAAUACAGAGAAUAGGAGGUGAAGGUAGAGGUUGGGUCGACACUCCAGCUGAAACACCUAUUUUUUCAAUUAAUGGAAGUAGUUAUGUGACAAUUUCUCCUGUUCAAAGUGGAUCGUCAGGAUAUUUCAAACACAUUGUAUGGGUGAAUGUUCUAAAAAAACAAGUUGUGCCUUUAACACAUGGAAAAUUUGAAGUUGUCAAAAUACUUGCAUGGAAUCAGAGCAAUGAAACAAUAUAUUUUAUUGGCAUACCACCUUCACAUCCAGGGCAACGACAUCUCUAUCGUGUGAGUUCAGUGCCACAGCAAGGUGGCAAGGUGCAUUCAGCAGUUUGUAUCACUUGCACUGAUUCAUCCAAAGUGGAGAAUCGUUAUGCACUCGCCGAGGGUCAAAAUAAUAUUCAUCAUUCGGAAAUUAAUGACAAUUGGGUGAAUAAAAAUAAUUGGAACGAACAGGGAAAUUUUAUACAAAAAAAGGAACAAUUACACGAUGAACAGGAUAAUGAUAUUGAGAACAAGACAAAUUCACAAAAUGAAUCAAAAAAUCAAGUUGCUUGUCAAUAUCACAGUGCAAUAUUUUCACCAAGUUAUGAAUACUUUGUACUGGAAUGUCAUGGACCCUGCAUUCCUUCAGUGUCAUUGUAUAAAACAGAAAUGCCAGCGCCUCGAUUUAUUGCAUUGCUUCAAAAUAAUUCCCUACUUCACGAAAGACUUGCAAAAAUAGCUCUUCCGCAAAUCAAAACAUUCCCCGUUCAGAUAAGUGGCGGUUAUGACGCUCAGGUGAAGCUUCAUUUGCCACCAGGGUUGCGAGACGAAGAAAUCACUCGCUACCCAAUGGUUAUCCAAGUAAAUGGCGCACCGGGAGCUCAGUCAGUGAAUGAAAUUUUCAAAAUUGAUUGGGGAACAGUGCUGGCAAGCGAAAGAAAUAUGAUAGUCGUGGAAAUUGAUGGUAGAGGCAGUGGCGGUCAAGGUUAUCAAUUGAUGCACGAAGUUUACCACCAACUGGGCACGGUGGAAGUUGCUGAUCAAUUGGAAGUUACAGAGUAUUUGCGGGACUCAUUACAUUUUGUUGAUAAGCGAAGAGUUGCAAUUUGGGGAUGGAGUUACGGUGGUUUUGUAGCAGCUCACGCAUUGGCUGUUCCCGAUCAAGAUGUCUUCAAUUGUGGCAUUAGUGUUGCACCAAUUGUCAAUUGGGAAUUGUACAAUUCAGUUUACACGGAGAGAUACCUGGGUUUGUUGAAUAAAUCCGAGGCCAAUUACAAGGGCUAUCAAGAUGCAAAUUUGUGUAAUAAAUUUAAUUCCCUAAGUGAACAGGAUCAGGAGAAACAAAGAGAUCCGGAAAAGCAAAGGAAAAAGAAACAAAAGAAAAUGUUUUAUUUAGUUCAUGGAACAGCUGAUAACAAUGUUCAAUUUCAACAUUCAAUGACUCUUGCCAGGCAUCUUGCUAAAAAAGACGUAUUAUUUCAACAGCAGGUGUAUCCUGAUAGUGGUCAUCAUUUAUCAAUAUACAAGAAACAUUUAUACGAAUCAAUGGCAAAUUUCUUGAAUGAAUGUUUUCGUAAACAAGUACCUGCAGAAACAAAGUCUGGUUUAAGUAGCGGUGGCUCUGUACUUGAUGACGAUGAUGAAAACGAUAAUAAGGCACUUUGAAAGAAAAAGGUUUAAGUGAAGAAGAAAAAAAUGUACAGUGCAGUCUUAAAUAACGUCUCCAAAUUGUGUUCCGUUCAAUAGAAUAUAUUGAAAAAAUAGGGGAUUAAUAUAGGUGCGUUAUUUUCUUUUUAAAUUUUCAUCUAUUUAUCUCUAAUUUUCUUGUGUACGAAUCUCGUACAAUAUAGUUUUUGUCUUUCUAAAAUAGUAUUACUAUUUUUUUUUUUUUUGUUUACUUUUUAACUAUUUUACUUAAUUUAUUUUAUUAAAUUACUUAUUUAAAAAUGCAAUCAAAUUCCAAAAUUAAUUUAAAAAUAAAAUUUAAUUAUUCGAAAAAUAUAUUAAAGUAUUAAUCAAAGACUUGUUGAAAAGGGGUUUUUAUUUGAAAAAAAUGUGUCAGUUGCCAAAUUCAAAGUGGGAAAUUAAUGUAUUGCCAAAAAAAAGGACAAUCCGUGCAAUUUUUUUCGAAAGAUAAUCAUCAAAUGAAACUUAGACAACUCGCAAGUGAAUUGGCAAUCGGAAAUUUUUUUUUUUUUUAAAUCGUGUUAACAAUUUGUUUUUAAUUUUAAUUGUAAAUAAUAUACGAUAAUCGCGCUGAUAAAUCUAUUUAAGUUGCUAUAUUAAAAGCAAUUAUAAAAGAAUCUAAAAAUAUAUAUAUUAUAUACACUUCUAGAUAAUAUAUAAAAAAAAUUGCCUUUGAGCUGAUGUAGAACAUUUUUUUCUCGUAUUUUUUCAAUAAUACUGUCUUUCAAAAUUGCUAUAUAUAUAUAGAGAUCGGAGUAAACUUUCCUAGACGCUUCUUGAAAACAUAACAAUUUCCAUAUAUAUUCACUCAAAAAAUAUAUUUGCAGAAUUUUUGAAAUAUAAAAAUUUUCUUUGAAAAAAAAAAAAGAGAACAAAAAUUACUUUUAACAAGCAGUGGAUAUGAAAAUUCAUUUUCGGAAAUAAUUUUUUCCGUUUUGUAUAGAAAAAUAAAAAGAAAAGAGGCAAUCGAAUAAUUAAUUAAAUUUUUAAAAUGUAAAAAAUAUUAUUCAGAUUUUUAAAAAAAUGACUAAAGUAAUGAUAAAUUACUUAAUUAUAUUAAAUUAAUGAUUUAAACUAUUAAAAUUAAAUUUUAAAAACUAAAUAAUAAUUUGCAUAAUUUUUUAUUGACUAUUUUAUCUAACUAUAUGAGUUGCUUAGAAAAUUUGUUUAUUUAAAAAAAAAAAAAAAAUUGAGCAUACAGUUUUCUUCUGUAUAGUGCAAGAAGCUAAAUAAAAAUUAAAAAUUUUUCAAAGUUGAAAACAAAUUUUUGAGGCACUAUUUUAUCUGAUAAAAAUAUAUAAAUAAUAAUUAAAUAAAAAGUACCUCUAUUUUAAUAUAUAAGAGACUUUUAAGGAGGAAUUUUAUGACAAUUAUUUUAUAUUUGACAAAAAUAUAUUUUUCAUAAAAAAAAAACUAUAUUUAAGAGGUCGAUAGAAUUAAUUUUAUUUCGUAUCUAGGCUUCUUACAACAUUCAGAAAGAAAUUGUGUUUUAACAUAAAUAUUAUAUUUUUUACUAAACAGUGAAUGAAGGAAAAAAAAAAUUUGAACUUUAAAAAAAGACAAAGUUGGGAUAAAAAAAGAUACAAAAUGUAAAUAAAUGCGUGAUUCUGUAAAUUUGAAAAUUACUAACUUAAAAAAUUUUAUUUCAAAUUAAUUUUAAUUUCAAUUUUAGUAAAAAGUAGAUUAAAGAAAAAAAUUUGCCAAAUAACAGAGGUUUAUUGUAACAUAGCAUAUUAUUUACUUUUUCAUAAUUAAUUUAUUCUCUAAUUCUAAAUAAGUGAAAUUUCAUUUAUUUAGAUUUAGAAAAUAAUAUAAUUUCUAUUUGCUUUAAAUUCACCACCAAAAUGUAGUCAACUAAACUAGUUGUUAAAAAUGAAAAAAAAAAAUUGUUCUUAUUCUAUGAAAAAUACUAUAUAAUUAAAACACGAGAGAAUAUUUAAAUAAAUGUUUUAAUGUUUUUUCUAAAAACUUUUUUGAUAAAUCUAUAGACUUACUAUAUAUAUAAAUAAAUAUUGCCACUGCUUGUAAUCAAUUUGAAAAAUUGACUAUAAUCGAUUAUAAAUUAUGCUAAACUAGAUUAUUAUAAAAAUAUUGGCACCAGUAAUCGACAUUUUUAUCGUAUAUAUGAAUUAUGUAGAAAAAAAAGUUAAAUAGUUGAAUGUGUUUUAUUCCAAUAUAGAAUAGUGUAGUAAAAUAUUAUUCAAAGUAAAAAAUUAGAAUGAGAAAAAAAAAAUUUCCUUUUGACUACUGGUGCGUUUACUUAUUUAAUUUAAUAAUUUUUUUUCUAAUAUUAUUUUUAACUGUAAAAAAUUAAUUUUUAAUCACUCAUAAUUGCAGGAAAAAUGUGAAUAACUAUUGAUGUUCGUUUCGAACGAUAAUUAAAAAAAAAAAAAAAACACAAAUGUAUGAAACGUCAUAUAGAAUGCUGAAUGCCUGAGUCAGUUUUGAUACUUGAUGCACAGCUGAAAAAAAACUCAGGUUUUUUCUGUGUAUAUAAUAUACACUUAUAAUUUAUAUUUAUUUAAUAUUAGAACCAGAAAAGACCAUUAAGAGACUUAUAUGUUAAUCCCAUAUAUAUAUAUACAAUCUGUGAUAGACGUAAAGUAUUUUUCUUUUUUUUUUAUUAUAAAUGCACGAAUAUUCUUUAAAUUUUACGUUUUUCAAAUUUAACACUAGAAAAAUAGAAAAACAGAAUUUAAAGAAUAUUCACUGGUUUUUAGUUUUUGUUUUUUAUUUUCUCUUUAAAAAAAAAAAAAUUUUUUGUCUAAAGCGCAAAAAAACAAAUCACUGAGAUUUGCUGAAUUAUUAUUAUAUCGCAAAAUCUCAUUCCCACUUAUUGUAUUAAAAAACUAAAAUUUAUAAUUGAUAUGCAUCUUUUAAUGAAAGACUCUUUUAAUUUUUUAUUUCGUCAAGAGAAAAAUAAUUUCCGACGAAAAAAAAAUUAUUAUUCUUAAAAUCUCUUCGAAAAUUAAAUAUGAUUGCUGGUAAAAAAAAACACCUUUUACUUCUAAAUAUUUUUCAGUGAAAAUUAUUAUACAUAAAAAAGAACAAAUCAAUUAAAAAAAAAAGGUAGAUUAUUUUUUAGUACCACAAUCAUAUUGUACUUAAUAUAAACAAAAAAAUAGAGAAAUUUCUGCACAGCUAUUUUUAAAAAUUAGAUCUCAUGCGUAGAGAAGUUAAAAACGUACUUUAUUACUUCGAUAGUCUAUACUUCUUGUUAGAAAAAAUUUUUCGGAAAUUUAGAAUUUAUUUUUCAAAAAUAAAAAUUAUAUGUAUAAGGAAUUCGCGUACACUAAUUAACUUUAGUGGAAAAUUUCGAUGAAAUGUAGAAUAUUUUAGUGUAAAUUAUAAAAAAUCAACUAAUUUAAAUUAGUAGUAAAAUAUACUACUAAUUAAAAGUAAUAAAUACUAUUGAAUAUUAUUCAGUACCAAUAAUAAAAUUUAAAAAAAAAUUAAUUACUAAGAAAAUAAGAAUAUUAAAAAAAAUAACAUCUGUUUUUAUUAAAGUCGGUUAGUAAACGAAUUCCAAAUAUUUCAAAAAUUUAAAUUUAUUCAGAAAGAAUUUUUAUUAUUAUGUAAAAUUCGAAUGUUUUAAAAAAAAAGUGAAUCUGUAAAACAAAUUUUUAUUGUUCACAUAAAUAUAUACAAAUAUAUAUAUAUAUAAAA